AAUCUCCCUUGGCCACCCGGCAGGCCAGGUCUGGGGUUCCUAGCGGGCUCUCCGCAGUCUAACUUCCCCUCGUCCGUCCCAGGACAGCGAUAAAAAUCAUCCCUGCCCUCCAGGGUUGCCGUGGAGACAUCUGAUAGGGCAUGCAGUUCUCAAUAAACGUGAAGUUCCUCCCACUACCUUGGCAGACCUCAGUCUGCAGUCAGGCUUUGGACGAGUGAGGCCAACCUGCCAUCCAACCGCGAUCUGGGGGCACGUGUUCGAUUCUGCUAAGCCUCAGGGUAAAGGCCUGUGAAAUGGGGCCAGCGCUGCCAUCUGGGGGUUGCCUUGCCAGGAGGCUCGGUGAUGUUACCGGGUGCACGGGGCACAGAGGGCAAAUGCACUUUCUCUUCCUGGCCAGACUCGGGGUGGGAUGCGGGGGGCUAGACGCUUGCGGGCGAGGAGCCCGGAGACACAUCCGGUCUGGCUUCCCAGUGUCCGUUUAACUUGGAAACCGAGGUUGACAGCCCAGAGGUGGGCACGGGCUGGCUCUGGGGGCUCUUCCAGAGCCAGGAGAGGGUCCCCUGGUUACCCCCUUGCCUCCCUACUCUCCGCAUGUACUUGUUUGGGACCUGAGGUCCGAGACAUAGUGGGAGAGGACACCGCCCGGACAGGCUCAGCGUCUGGACCCAGGGAAGAGAUCGGCGAGGGGAGAGGAGAGGAGAGGAGGAGGGGUCGGGAGCCCAGCGUGGAGCCCGGGAGGGUGUGUGUGUUGGGGGGAGAAAUCAGUGCCUCUCCCCGGGUUUCUCUCUGUGUCUCUGUCUCCACUUCUGUCUUUCCUGUUUCUGUUCCUCCCCCUUCCCCGCAUCCGUCGUCCCUCCCCUGGGUUUUUGUCACCGGACCCCGCACUCCGCCGCCGGCGCGGGCGAGUCUCUUUCCCCCUGGGGCGCGCUGCGUUCAGAGGGCUCCAGCGGGCCCAGCUCGACGUCAUUCGGGAGGGAGGCGGGGCCAGGGACAAGGCGUGGCGGGGGUUGGGGGUGGGGGGCCGGGGCCCGAGCCCAGGAAUCGGGAGCCUGCCCCCCCUCCACCGCAGGCCCGGGGGGAGGGGGGCAAGUGGGAAGUGUGCACAGAGUUCCACAGGAGAAGGCAGGAGCGGAGCCCUCCCAGACGCUGGGGACCCGGAGACACCCGAUCGCCCGGGGCCCGUCCCUGGGGGGGUCACCGGGAGGGCGGGUGUGGAGGCGGUGCCGCUGGUGGCCACAGACACCUCGGGCCUGUGAACAGUGAACGCCACACCACCGUGCCGCUGUCCUCAUGCUCGCCCCGACAGCGUUUGGCACCCAUGCGCUCGGGUACAGCGCCUCGGGCAAGGCCCCGGCCCCCUGACCUGACACUGCCCCCCGCGGGCCCUGAGUCCCUGGCCCACUUCUCCUUCAGCGACGAGGACACCUGUUGGCACCCUCCAGGCAGACCUGUCAGCUUCGAGGCGGAGAAUGGGCCCACGCCAUCUCCUGGCCGCAGCCCCCUGGACUCGCAGGCGAGCCCGGGCCUCGUGCUGCACGCCGGGGGGGCUAUCAGCCAGCGCCGGGAGUCCUUCCUGUACCGCUCGGACAGUGACUACGACAUGUCACCCAAAACCAUGUCCCGGAACUCGUCGGUCACCAGCGAGGCGCACGCUGAGGACCUCAUUGUGACACCUUUCGCCCAGGUGCUGGCCAGUCUCCGGAGUGUUCGCAGCAACUUCUCACUCCUGACCAAUGUGCCCAUUCCCAGCAACAAACGGUCCCCGCUGGGCGGCCCAACCCCCGUCUGUAAGGCCACACUGUCAGAAGAGACAUGUCAACAACUGGCCCGGGAGACACUGGAGGAGCUGGACUGGUGCCUGGAGCAGCUGGAGACCAUGCAGACCUACCGCUCCGUGAGCGAGAUGGCAUCUCACAAGUUCAAGAGGAUGUUAAACCGUGAACUCACACACCUGUCAGAGAUGAGCAGGUCAGGAAACCAGGUCUCUGAGUACAUCUCCACCACAUUCCUGGACAAGCAGAAUGAAGUGGAGAUUCCAUCACCCACGAUGAAGGAUCGAGAAAAACAGCCAGCUCCCCGCCAGAGACCUUCCCAGCAGCCCCCGCCCCCUGGGCCGCAAUUCCAGCCCAUGUCUCAGAUCACGGGGGUGAAGAAGCUGAUGCAUAGCAGCAGCCUGAGUGACUCUAGCAUCCCCCGCUUUGGGGUGAAGACCAACCAAGAAGAGCUCCUGGCCCAAGAACUGGAGAACCUGAACAAGUGGGGUCUGAACAUCUUCUGUGUAUCCGAAUACGCCGGAGGCCGUUCCCUCAGCUGCAUCAUGUACACGAUAUUUCAGGAGCGUGACCUGCUGAAGAAAUUCCGCAUCCCAGUGGACACCAUGGUGACAUAUAUGCUGACCCUGGAGGACCACUACCACCCCGACGUGGCCUACCACAACAGCCUUCACGCGGCCGAUGUGCUGCAGUCCACCCACGUGCUGCUGGCCACACCCGCGCUAGAUGCUGUGUUCACGGACCUGGAGAUUCUUGCCGCCCUCUUCGCGGCCGCUAUUCAUGACGUAGACCACCCUGGGGUCUCCAACCAGUUCCUCAUCAACACUAAUUCGGAGCUGGCGCUCAUGUACAACGAUGAGUCGGUGCUGGAGAACCACCACCUGGCCGUGGGCUUCAAGCUGCUGCAGGAAGACAACUGCGAUAUCUUCCAGAACCUCAGCAAGCGCCAGCGGCAGAGCCUGCGCAAGAUGGUCAUCGACAUGGUGCUGGCCACGGACAUGUCCAAACACAUGACCCUCCUGGCAGACCUGAAGACCAUGGUGGAGACCAAGAAGGUGACCAGCUCGGGGGUCCUCCUGCUGGACAACUACUCCGACCGCAUCCAGGUCCUUCGGAACAUGGUGCACUGUGCAGACCUCAGCAACCCCACCAAGCCACUCGAGUUGUACCGCCAGUGGACCGACCGCAUUAUGGCCGAGUUCUUCCAGCAGGGGGACCGUGAACGUGAGCGGGGCAUGGAGAUCAGCCCCAUGUGCGACAAGCACACAGCCUCGGUGGAGAAGUCUCAGGUGGGUUUCAUCGACUAUAUCGUGCACCCGCUGUGGGAGACGUGGGCUGACCUGGUCCACCCGGACGCCCAGGAGAUCCUGGACACGUUAGAGGACAACAGAGACUGGUACUACAGCGCCAUUCGCCAGAGCCCAUCACCACCGCCUGAGGAGGAGCCCAGGGGGCCAGGCCACCCACCCCCACCUGAUAAGUUCCAGUUUGAGCUGACGCUGGAAGAGGAAGAUGAGGAGGAGGUGUCUACUGCCCCGGGUGCAUUUACGGUGCAGGGAUUGUCCGUGGCUCAGGAUGCGUCCCCAGCUGAGGAACUCUUGGAGGUCGAUGGCCAGGAUAUGCCCACGGAGGUGAAGGUACAGGAACCUUGCUGCACGCAGCAAGCAGACUCGGCCGGUAGUGUGGCUGCGGGCAAGGACAAGGCCACGUCCCCAGACGCAUCCGUGGAUGCUGUAGGCCGCAGCAGCCCCCUGGCCCUGUCUGCCGAGAGCCCCCUUCCGCCCGCCUUGAGGACCCCGCCCCCUCCAGAGGACACCCCGGGCCUCCCGGGCCUCCCCUCCACGGCGGCCGAGGCGGGGGCCCAAAAAGAGCAUCAGGCUGCCAAGAGGGCGUGCAGUGCCUGCACAGGAACGUCCGGCGAGGACCCCCCCCCACUCCCAGCUCCUGGGGGGUGGGGGUCAGCUGGAGGCCCUACCUGAACCCCGGCCCCGACACCCUCCUGCUCUCCCCGGCUCCCUUCACCACCAUUACCCCACGACCGCCUCCUCCACUGCCUCAAAGACUCUUGGGCCUCCAGAGAAAAAAGAAAACAGAAAAGUGGGGUUUUUUCUCUUUUCUUUUUUUCCUCUUUCCCCCCACCCCCACCCACGGGGCCUCUUUUUGGAGGUGGGGGCUGGGGAACAAGGGGCGGAGGUCCCGGAAGGGAUUUUAUUUUUGGAAUUUUAAUUGUUACAUUUUUAGAAAAAGAAAAAAAAAAAAAACAGGAUGAAACACAGCAACUGUAGAUCUCCUGUUCCCGACUACCCCUUGUGUCCCAUCUCCUGCCACCUCCCCCUGCCCCAGGCCCCAGGCUCAGUCUUCCGGCCUCCUAGGGCUCUUGGCCUGGGCCCAAGCAGGCAUAACGCCUCCCUUCGGGGCUUUUCUUCUGAAUUUUGAAGGGUCUCCGGAACCCAACCAGGAAUAGCCAUUCUGGGCGGGGGACUCAGUGGGGGCUGCCACCGUGGGAGGCCCCAGCUCCAGCCCCUCUCUGGCGCACUGCCCCCCCCCCCAAAGUCUCCCGCCUCAUUUUGCACAAACCUGGCAA